AAAAUUGCGGCUUAUGUGAAAUGUUUUGAAGUAGAUAUAUUUCUUAAUAACACCCUGUGUUAUCAGCUGUUGUACAUAUGUAUUUCAACAAGACUAAUCGGCGCUGUUUCAUUAAGUUUAUAUAAAUAAAAAUUUUAAGUUGAAUUAACAACAUGUCCCAACUGCGGCGAGAAGCUUUAAGAGCGUUUAAGAAGUUGCAUCGCACUAGGCAAUUUGUGUUCCAAGGAGACGAGUUAACGUUGAAUGCCGGACGGAAAGAAAUAAAUGAACAGUUUCGAAAAAAUCAAAACGAAAGAAAUGAGGAUGAAAUAAGAAAGAUGAUAAAACUGGCCAAUGACGUUGACAAAGAACUGCGCACAAGUGUUAUACAAGCUGUCCAAGAAAAAGAAGGAGUAUAUACUUUACGUAUAACGGAAGAAACGACACGUUUAGACAACGUUGUUUUCAACCCAGAUGCUAUAAUUGAGCGACCAACUUCCCGAAACCGUAAAGGAAAUCCUACGAGCGGCUGUUGCGGAGGACAAAAUGCAUCAACAACAGAAUCAAUAAAUAACAAAUGCUGAAUACUUGUGUUUAAAACCAAUGUGAAAAUAAGACGAACAAAAAUUCAAUAGUAAUUAAAAACUUUAUUAUUUCCUA